AUGUGGCACCUUUGCUGCGUGACGGCAGAAGAAAGCGGACCCCAGGAGGCUGUGGUGACAGCACCUGCCACCAGCGAAGUGAUCCCGGUGGUCUCUGCUGCUGCCGAAAACCCUUUGCUGAGCCAACUGGAGGGAAAUUGGAAUCGGGCUGAGGAUUCCAAGUUCAUGGCCGCUAUUUUUGCGCACAAGAUCAGUUGGGCCAAAAGGUUCAAAUCGCCGCCUGUCGAUGUCACUAUUCUCAGCUCUGACAAGAUCUCCGUCGAGGUGGAGGGAGAGCGUUUGACAGCUUGGUUCGACGGCCAGGCACAGCUGGUUUGGGACGACGGGGACGUUUGGCAGAAACAGCGCCAGACGGACGUGAGGCAGUCAAUACAGCGGAGCCUCACUAAGGCACCCAAGGCACCCUGA